AUGUUUAGUCACCGCAUUUACAAUAUUUACAAACUCCAUUUAACAGGUUUUGUGAUUCUUUUCUUUAGUUUUUGCAGUUUUAAAAACGUUGAAUCGUUUGUUCCGGAAGCUCGAUAUGCUCAUAGUGCCACUUUAGUUGAUAAAAAACUUUAUUUCGUCGGUGGGCAAGUUUCAGAAAUAAAUCAAGGGCAAGAGCUUUUUCAUCUUUAUGGUGAAUUGUUUUACCUUGAUGUUUCAACUUCCUUCGACAUUGAAUCUCCAUCAUGGACGGAUCUUACAGCUUCGAAACAUGUUCCAGUGAGAAAUUCAUGGGCGGCAUCAUCGGUUGGCUUCGGAUCAAAACCAGCCAACAAUCUUGAUAAAUCAACUAUCUACCUGAUCGGUGGUUUGAUGUAUAUCACCAAUCAAAAUGCAAUAGUUACGGACAUAGUUUAUGCGUUCGAUACCAAAUCUCAACAAUGGGAGUUACCAGUGACUAACGGUACGGGACCAAAUAGGCGACGAGAGGUUCAAGCUGUUUCCGAUAAUAUUGGUAAAAUUUAUUAUUUUGGUGGGAAAUCUGAUUAUACUACUACAGGAUCUCCAGCAGAAAAUGUAAUUCGUUAUAAUACUAUGAACAUUUUGGAUACUGUUCAAUUAUCUUGGUCGAUUGGUUCUAUGAUCGAUGCUCCAUCGCCACGUGAGGGUUAUAGCGCAACCCUUUUCAUAAAUUUGAUUAUUUUUAUUGGUGGAAGAGAGAAUAGCAAUGACGGUCAAUCUUUUCAUCUCGUGAAUAUAAGUCAGAUUCCAGUGUACGAUAUUCAAUCUUCAAAAUGGUAUUUAACGAUCGCUGGAGGUGCAAACGUAAGCCAUCGCUAUUAUCACUCUGCAAUUCUAGCACCAAAUGAUCUCAUCAUAGUAUAUGGUGGCACAAGCGAAAGGGACCUUCCAGCAUCACAACAAUUAAUAGCUCUUAACAUAACUUCAUUACCAUAUCAAUGGAUUGCACCAACAACAUCUUAUCUUUCGCUUGACGCGAUACCGCCUCCUUUAUCACUGCAUUCUUCCACGUUGGUUGAAAAAUAUAUGAUUAUAGCUUUUGGAAACAUAACUAAUGCUACGAGAAGUGCAAGCUUAAAUCUUUAUUUACUUGAUACUACCAAUUGGACUUGGGUUACUACUUUUGAAUCAUCCAAUUCUAUUCAUCCUGUAAUCAGCAUAGGUGUGAUAGGUACAAUCAUAGGAAUUGCACUUUCUAUCAUAAUUAUUAUAGUAUUCACAGUGCUAUAUGUAAGAGCACGUAAAAAAAGUAAUCAAAACCAUCCGCCUACUAAAAACUCACCACCGUCAAGUUCCAGGAAUUCAAUAUCUAAUCAAUUUUCAAUUCCUCAAGAAAUCAUAUCUGGGACUUAUGAUGACGCUAGAACGUCGUAUGUCAGACCUAGACCUAAGUCUAAUCCUCUGUUGAGAUCUUAUUCUACUUUGGCAAACACAUGA